UUCAUUUCUUAAAUAAAGAGUAUAUAAGAUGCCUAAAAAGAAAAAGAAGGGAGGAGACAAAGAAAAGAAAGCUAAAAAAAAAUCUAGCAUCAGUGAGAGAGAUACUGUAUUUUUUGAACAAUUAAUUAUUGAUAAUAAUCGUCAACUUGCAAGAAUUAGAACUCGAAAUGAAUUUCUCGAAGGAGAAAUGGAAGCUCUGAAAGGAAAAUUAGCUCAAUUAGAAGAUGAUCGGUCUGAUGUUAUAGCUCAUUUGAAAAGAAUUUUACAACAAAAAACUGAAGAAGCUCGCGAAUUGAGUGAACGACUUGCUGCUAUGGAAGACUUACGUAAAGAAGAGCAGGCUGCAUUUAAAUCAAAAGAAGCUACGAUGAAACAAGAGUAUCAUAACAUGGAAACAACACUCAAUGCUGAAGUGAAAUUAGUUACUGGAAAAUUGAAUGCUCUUGAUGAAUGGAAAAACGCUAGAGCAGAAUUGACUCAGAAAUUUGAAAUACAAGAGAAACAAAUGGCAGAACAGGAAGAACGUCAUGCUAAAACUCUUUAUGAAGCAGAAAAAUCAUUAAUUAUUGGAAAAGCCAAAAUGCAAAAAGAGACAGAAGAACGCUUGAAAGAUUUGGCAUUAAAGUUUCAAGAGGCAACGAACCUACGAAUUGCAGAUGCUACUCACAGAGCAGUUCGAGAAAAUAUUGCGUUACAUUUAGAGCUGGAUAAAAUAAUGAAAGUCUGUCGGGAACUAGAGGAGAAAAUGCGGAUACAUAAGGAAAGAGAAGAAACUGCUAGAUGUCAAGCAUCAUUAUUAGAAAAAGAAGCAGAAAUGGCGCUGGAAAAAGUUCUAGAACAGAAUAAAAUUAUAGAAUCAUUGGUAGAAAAUCAUAUAAAUAAUACUCGAAUCUAUAGUAAUAAUCUUCGAAUAGAAAAGAAUGCAGCGAGUAAAGAGGAGAUGAUUAAAAUGUAUGAAGAUGAAUACAAUGACAUAAUGGAAAAAAGUACAGUGUUAGAAAAAAAUAUUCAAGAGGCUGAAAAAAGUAAGGAAAAUAUUAUAAAAGAAAUUCAAGAUGACAAUCAACAUAUCAGAAAACUCAAUGAACUUUUAAAUUUUAUUAAAAAAUUAAUUUCUGAUUUGACGAUUAAAUCAAAGACUCUAGAUAUUGAAGUAGGUGCUUGUGAUCCAGAAUUUAAAGAAGAGAUACAGAAAAUUUAUGAAGAGAUAGAUAAAUUAAACUUGAGAAGCUUCGAAAUAGAAUUGACAUAGAAAUUCUUAUCUUUUUAGUUCAAGUGGCUACUAAUAUAUAUAUAUAUAUAUAUAGAUAGAUUAUUCAAAAGGUAAC